CGCGGCUUCCUGUCACAAAGAAAAUGGAUUUCAAUCAGUCUCAGCCAACUUCUCCUUUGGCCAAAAAUCGGCCUCCAACUCGUACAUCUCGACCUCAAUCAUGGGCCGUCUCGUCAAGCUCAUUGGAUCAGGCAUCGGCCUCGCGUCAGAGGCAAUCGCAAACUACAAAGCCCCACAAACACUCCCCGAAUCAAGAGUCGGCGAAAGCAGCAGAACAGCAGCUGCACGCUCUCCUCGAGACGCGCCGCCGCAAUACGUUGAGGUCGCCGACGACCGCGCCGACGAGCUUAUCGAAAACGGAAGAGCCGUUCCCGUUGACUCCAAAGAGAAAUCCCAUCUGAAGUAUGAAGAUGAGGAUGAGGACGAUGAUGAUACGCUUUCGGAAGAAGGAGACGAGGAACAGUGGGAUCUAGAUGAUGCGGUGGAAGAACAAAUAUCACCCAAUUCCGAGGAAGGCCCAGCCCAAGACGCGAAUCUCCUCACCGAUGCCUUCAUGAGGUCCCACCCUCCGCCGCCAUAUAGAGAGGGUGCUGCAACUGGAAAGUUGCCGUGUCCGGUGAUUAUACCGCAGCGCAGGCCCAGAGACAAUAAGCGUGGUUUCGUGAGAGCUUAUGCGCCUGCAUUGGCUGAAUGUGGCAUUGAUCAGGAUACUUUUUUGGACUUUCUGAAGACGUUUCAUGCAGCGAGCAAGUCUUCUCCUUGGCUUCAAGUUGUCAACGUCGCUGCUGCAGGGGCGGGAAUGGCACCCUCUGCUAUUGCGAUGGGUGUUUCUAUCGGCGUUCAGGUUUGUGCUGGCAUUGCUAUGGAAGUGCAAGCCCGUACUCGAACAAACUCCUUCCUGGACCGUAUGAACAACGAAUUCUUUAAGCCACAUGGCCUCUACUGCCUAAUUAUGACCUACAAGCCGGAAGCCAGUACUACCCACGCCUCUGUUGAUAUAACCAAAUCCAUCAGCUCGUCCAUGACACCCGGUUCCUCGGGCAUGAGACAAACCCUCAACAAUUUACGUCUCUCCUCUGGGACAACCUAUGGCGAGCUGGAAUUACCAGAAGCUGCUCCCUUAAUCUUUCCCGCUCUAGAUACUCUUGCAGCAUCGACAUCUGCUGAAGGAAUCCAAAAGAAAAGUAAACUCAAAUCCAGUCAGAAGUUCAUUGCAGAUUAUUUCGAUCGACGAGCGCAAGCGGAAUACGCAAGCCAAAAUCCUACGAGUGCGUUAGCCGUUCCUUCAGAGAAGAGAUUCGCGUCUCGAUAUGCGGACCCCACUCACCCUGCAAAUAGCGGGAGUUUGAUCUCCUUGCUAACUGGAGGAGUGGUGAACCCGGCGGCGAGAAGGGAGAUGAGGAGAAGUGCUAGGUGGGAUAGGAGGGAGGACAGGAGGGAGAGAAGGGCCGUUAGAAGGGGCCGGGAAAUCACGUCGGAAGUGGCGAGGCGGAGACCGAGAGAGGGUAUAGUGAGGAGGAUAUUGAAGAAGGAUGUACUGUACUUGAUGAUUGUGAAUUUGCCCUCGGAGGCAGAGUUAGCGACGGGGAGGGCGUUGGUUGCGAAUGAAACGGCAUAUAGGUAUUAAGGCGUUUUGAUACCAUGGAUUAGCUAUACUGCUUCGAUUGCGUUGCGUCAGUAAAACUCGUUUUAUGAUAGUGUCCAAUUCUUGCUUAGUGAGUAGGAUCGACUGAUUUUCCUGCAUAUUUAAGGAGGUU